AAAUCACAGGGAAUUGGACAUAAUGUGAUCUGAUGCUACCGAGUUCACAACUGGCAUGAGCUGAUCCAACGUUUUGUGCUCGUCUUGAGUAGAGGCACUUAGUAUCCACUACCCAAUGGAAAAUGCGAAGAAACGGAACGUUGAGGAGGAUUCAAGGAAAUCAGUGAAGAGACAGAGAGUAUCAAGAGCAUGCGAUCAAUGCCGAAACGCACGAGAGAAAUGCGAUGGAGGCGCAAAUCCACGAUGUCAAACUUGUGAGGUUUCCAACCGACCAUGCACCUACACGGCCAACCCCAAGAAAAGAGGAAUACAACCCGGAUACAUUCGGUCCUUAGAGCUUUCUCUUGCUUGGAUCUUCGCGGAUGAUCCAAGUAAAGAAGAGGCUUUGCGUGAAGUUAUCCAGACCGAUAUUGGAGUACAGGGUCUAAUAACUGGAAAGGACUCGAAAGGGUCUUGUCGAUUGCACAAGAGAUGGAGAAAGAGUUUGGUACGAAAACGGUUGGAGACGCUCUUGUCAUCCCCGGAGAAUCCUGUCAUUGAUGAGAGAGGUAGCAUUUCAUCCGAAGUGGAAAGUGAAUCAGAGAAUGCUCCUUUUAUCCCGAUAUUGACUCCCGCUUCUCAAGAUCGAAAGACCUCAUUAUUGCAUCACUCAAGGAUUGAUCGAUCAGACGGAAACCAUUUACCGGAGACGGAUUUUCCAACUCGAACAUCAAUCCCUCGAAGGCUUCCAGCCGAUAUUUGGCACCUUUUGGACGUCUACUUUGCUUUCACACACCCGUGGUUCCCAAUUUCCGAGAGGAAGGAGGUCCUAAAAUUGGUCUAUUCCUAUCCUAGUGGCGUUGACUUGAACCACCAUACGGGUUCAGGAGAGCAUGCAGAACUAUGGGCAAUGCUUGCGAUAUCCUCUUUACACAAGCGCUUUCAGUCCCCAUCCUUUUCCGACACCGAUGUCACAUCAUAUUACAGCAUUGCUCAUUCUUUGAUCCCGAAUGAAGAUGGGCCAUUCGAACCUGGCCAUGUCAAGGCGUUGCUUCUACUCGCUUUGAUCAAUAUGGGACAAAACAAAGCUUCACCUGCGCUUGUACUUGUUGGACGUGCGAUUCAGAUUGCACUUCAACUUGGAUUGGACCGGAAUUGUGGCAAAGAUCUCGAUUCUCCCGUCAAGGCUUCACUUCCCACAACUUUCGGCGACCAUAAACGAGCAAAGCAUAUCCUGAUGAGUUGUUUCUUAUUGGAAACCCUUUUGUCCAUCCAACUGGGCAGCAUUCCCCAUCUUCGUCGAGAAGAUCUAUCCCAAUACUCAUUGGUGGCAGAAGAUGGACUGGAAGAACUCGAUCCAUGGGUAGGAGUUGAAGGAUAUGGUCCUGUCACUCCGUCUGGACCUCGCGAGCCAGGGAAAGUACUGAGUACAUUCAAUUCUCUUCUGGUUGUGGCUGGAUAUAUGAACUUUGUAUAUCUUCGACCAGAACUGCGUGCCACUGGAUUUCCGGAGAUUCGCGCGAAACUAGAAGCGCUUCAAGUCCGAUUCCCACUUCGAUCAGAUCUGCAAGGCCGACCUGCAUCUGCUUGGGCACCGCAGGAAUUCGGUAUUCGAAUUGCGCAUGCUUGUUCGAAAACUUUCUUAGGAUACGUCUCCGAGAUUGAUUCUACGGUGUCAACUGGAGACAUGAUCUGUACCAUUCUCAAAGGAGGUGGAAUUAAGUUUCCGGCCAUCGUCCCAUGUCUUUUGAAUAUUAUGAUCAAGUAUCGAUGGACUACCCAGGCGGGUCUUUCUGGGUAUGAGCAACUCUUGGAGCAACUGACAGACCGGUGGCGAAUAUCGUACCCUACCGAUUUCCGCCCGACACCGAUCGACUGGAACCAGAACCUUUCACCACCCAUCCCUCUUUCUCCUCGCUCAACAAUCAUCUCGAAUGCAUCAUGGCAGUCCAUCCCCAUGGACUAUCAGACUGGCAAUGUUCCAGUCUGGCACACCGGAUUUGACCAUCUUCCAUCCAACGAUGGAUGGAGAAGAGCAGAGCCUCCCAAUUCCGAAUCAAUAGAUCUAGAGAACCUAUUUGAUGAAUUCGCAUCUUUAGAUGAUGUGGAUCUCACCAAUCAGCCCAUCUUCAUGCAGAAUCUUGGCCUGGCACCGGGGAUUGAUUUGACUGAAGUGCAGUUGGAUCCCCCACUCACACCAUACGUAUAAGUAUUGCUGAGAACAAUUGUAUAUUACCAUUGAUGAGUUCACAAAUCG